AUGACGCACUAUGUUGAUAGUGUAUUGUACUGGUUCCCCACGCUGGUACUUGUGGUUUGUAUGAUUGUGCUGAUCGUCACCGCGGUUGGUUUGAGUCUUGGGAAGUUCUGGCGGGGCUUAUCAUCGUGGUCAUGGCGUCGUAUUUUUUCCCUAACACGCAUGUCGAUGCGUCAAACCACAUUUCGUGCAUCGAUGAAUGCAGAAGAGGCGGUGGAAACGGCACUGCGGAAGGCUGGCUGGAAGCACGUUUUCCUCCGCCGUCGCGUCUUCGUGCCGCGGUUGCAACACAAUCGUGAAAUUGAUGUUGUGGCUGUUGGACCCGUGGUGCUGGUGGUGGAAGUGAAACACUGGCGUGGCUCCGUUUGGUGCAAUGGCCAGCGCUGGUUUCAACAGGUGCAUAAGACUGCGCGGGCACUCGAGUUUGAAGACAUUAGGGAAGAUAACGUUGUAAAGGCGGCUGCACUCCGUCGACAUAUCGAAAACGAUAAACGUGUACCGCUUCCAGACUUCAAUUUACUUUCGGACUGUCUGCAGGAGAGUGAAGGGGAUGGAACAUGGUAUGAGGACCGACGUCUCCACAAACAAUGCGGCACCGUCAUCAUCCCCGUAGUAGUGUUCACGAACCCACUGGUUCGCUUGGAUCCCAGCACGGUUAAGCAAAAGGAUGACGUAUUUGACUUGCCCGGGUUAGAGAGGUAUGCAAGAAACCUCCUGUACAACACGCGUGGAGCGUCAGUCUUUGACUAUUACAAACAGCGCGUUGAUGAGUUUUUGCGUCCUAUAUUUAUCGGAAGAAGUAUAACACCCGAUACUUAUUGCCUAUCUUUUUUUACUGAAGAAAAAGUGGCCCGCGUGGUCGAGCGUAUGCGCACGUGGGACAUGGUUUAUCUUCUUAAUGGGCGGCUGGUUCAUGGGGAUAUUGUAUCUUUUGGGCUCCCCUCUACCAACCGCCAUUUUGUGCGUCAGCAGAUAUCUGAUGUGGAGAUUACAUGGUUCGAUGGUUUAAUUGGUUUUGCGCGAACCAUGUGGAUGAACAGUGGUGGAAUGGUCAAAAUUACCCUUUCAAGUCCGCGAAAGAGGAAGGUUUUUAGUUUUCCUCUAAUGCCGCGCCACUUGAAAUCCAUUUAUAAGAACGACCGACUGGUGCUUAAGUUGGCGGGUACGACCAAUUUGGAGGAAAUACCUUUGGCGGAUAUCGCGACACUCCGGCUCAGUCAGCACCGGGAAACGGACGGAUCCUAA